CCGUGCAUCUUGGGUAUGUCUUGUAAAGCAUGCUAACCGGCUAUCAACACCUGUCUGUACCUUGUGGAGGAGUUGUGCGACGGAUCUAUUGCCGGACUCGUUUACCGCGCCCACUAAUCUACUUAUGAGCUCCGGCAGGGCAGACACUUGACUGAUCCAGUCGUAACAACGGUCUGCCAGUGUGUGUUAUAGUUAGCCGUUCACGCGUGUACUUGGAGGAGCUAGAGGACAGCCAGAGGAGCCAUGGACCUCAAACAGAUACUUCGGGAAGUUGAGCUUCACUACGGAACAGCUGCACUAGUAACGGGUGCUGUCUGCGGCGUGGGAGCUCUGAUAGUCCUGGUGCAGAAGCUCAGCAGCCACCAGAAGACAAAGGAGAAGAUCCGGAGGGCGAGGGCACGGAGGGACGAGAGCCUGCAGCGGGCUGAGCAGGCUCUGCUUCAGUAUAAGAACCUGGUGAGACCCGGGACGUGAGGGGUGGGCUGGGAGGUGAAUGGGGGAAAGUUAAACAGGUAAGAAGGGCACCAGUCACGCGACAGACUGGGGAGUACCCCAGCUACACCCUAGGGUGUAACACAAAGAGCUGCAGAACGUGUCCUAACCCGGACAUAGAGGUCUGAAGAGGUCUCGUUAGCUCACAAUCAGUGUUAUCGAUAAGCAGUUGAGAUGAUUAACGUCAGUUACGCCGAAACGACGUACGUAAACAGCUUAUCUGAUUACCUCAAAAUGAAUGGAUGAACACUCAAAAUGGUCACCUCAAGUAACUCGAAAAAGUUUGUGGAAAAUAGUGUCUAAAUGCAUGUAACAUUAAGUUAAUGUGAAAGAGAUAAUUAACCAAAAAAGUUCUGCAUGAAUAAAGUAACUAGACUAUUUCCUCUGUCUAACUACUUUAAUCACUUAAAUGAUUAAAGGGACUGAAUUAGCGUUAAUAGAUGAUUUUAAUUGUUUGGUAGAACAAAUUUCAGUCCUGACUGACCAAACGAACCACAUUUGCUUGAAUUCUAUUAAAAAGCAUUGAAAUUAUUAAAUUAAGGGGCAUGUUCUGUUUAUAAAUAAGGGUAGGGCUGGGCGAUAAAACGAUAAUGAUAUAUAUCAAAAAUUAAUUUCCCUCAAUAUCAAAAUAAAACGUGGUCAAUAUGCUUUUUGAUUGUCGGCAUUCUGCCAUGUUUCUGUAGACUAUAAGAAUAGCCAAUGGAAAGGGGAGUUGCGUUAAAGAGACACAAAGACCUCACAGAUGCAGUAGCUUAUUGUAUUGCAAAAGACAUGCCACCAAUAAGCACUGUUAAAUUUAAUUUUUUAUAUCGUGAUAUAUACUGUGAUAUAUAUCGAUAUCAAAUGGUAUGAAAAAAAUACAUCAUGAUGAACUUUUUCCCAUAUCGUCCAGCCCUGUAUGAGGGAAAUACGAUGUGAAACAAAUUCAUCUACUAGGGUGGUGGUAUCAGUUGACUUUCUUAACUACUAUAGCCUAAAAGGGUUACCGAAUAAUGUUUAAGAACAAAAUGACUUUUAGUUUACUCAUUUGACAAUCUAGGUGUUUGAAAAAGCUUGUAUCAUUGACCCCUAAUGUUUAUCAGUCAUUUUUAGCAUUGUUGGGAUCUGUCUCAGGGUCCCAAUGUUUUUCAAGUGCUGGAUUCAUAUAUGAACAUAUGUUUAUACUGUGUGUGUGUGAGCACGCGCAUGUGCGUGUGUGUGUGCACAUGUGUGUGUAACUGUCUGAACUGUCUGUCUGUCUUCUAGCAUCCCAUGACUGAUUCGGCUUACAUCUUGGCACUGUCCCUGCCCGAGUUGACAAAGCAGCUGCAGGAAGGCUCCCUAAGCCCUGAGGAUGUGUUUUACUCGUACUUGGAAAAGGUCCACUACCCAAUACUACACAACCCAUUUAUAGUACUCACUGUAGCACUACAGUAGAGGACAAUAAUCAGAAAUAAUCACUUUAAUUUAGCUGCAUUUUGAGAGAUUUUAUAAUGGAAUUAUAUAAAAAUUGUUUACAUUUAUUUCAUUCUACUAGACAUUUGUGUUGUAUAAAAACCAGGCUUCUGGUCAUAAAGGCUUAAAGAUAUUUGCUGUUGUUCUUUACCUUUAGACUCUGGAUGUGAAUAAGAAGCUGAACUGCUGCACUGGGAUCUUGUUGGAGAGUUUUGACCAGCUGAAAACUCUUUCCUCCAGCAAGAAGGGGCUCCUGUAUGGAGUUCCAGUCAGCAUCAAAGAAAACAUCACAUACAAGGUAUAUCUUGUCGUGAGUGUAUUUCAUCAGCAUCAAAACAGGAUGAUACCUAAACUUAUGAUUUUCAGUCAUGUAUGCCACUGUAAAACUAGCCUUGCAUAAAACCUUUAUGCCUUUGACUUACUGCAAUCUAAUACUACUCUCCUUGCCUUUUUUUGUAUGACAACACAAGAAUUAUGACAACACCUGUGGUGUGGUCAGUAAUUUGGAGCAGCCUGCAGAGACCAACAGUGUACUUGUUGAAGUUCUGAAGAGACAAGGAGCUAUUCCCUUUGUGAAAACCAAUGUGCCCCAAAGCCUGUUAAAGUAAAUGAUUACCUGACACUUGGUCAUAAAGUUGAUUUGUGCAAUUGUUUUGGCAAUACGUUUUUACAUGUUUACAAAGCUUUUCAGCCUGUCGAUCAGUUGUGAUUCCCUUUGUUGCCUCACCAGCUAUGACUGCGGUAACCCCAUCUAUGGGCAGACCUUGAACCCCCAUAACUUGAAGAAGACCUGUGGAGGUUCAUCUGGUGGAGAGGGGGCCCUUAUCGGAGGAGGGGGCUCUGUGCUGGGUUUUGGGAGUGAUAUAGGGGGUAGUAUCCGUAUUCCCUCCUCAUUCUGUGGGAUCUGUGGCUUUAAGCCAACAGUAGGUCGGUUAAGGUGAAUGACCCCACUUUGCUGAGAUUAUGAAAAACAAUUGUGCAGUCUUGACACUUUGAACUCACUUUUAUCUCAUCUUUUUGCAUUGUUUCUUUGCCAGUGCACAGGGUGUGGCUUCACUUUAUGGAGGGCAAAAAUCAGGUUGGUAAGACUUGUUUUACUGUCAAAUGUAGAUUACAUGCUGUUAGGAAAACAUGAUAACUUUUCUCUGUGUUCCUCAUUAAAUAAGUGCUGGCAACAACUGGACCCAUGGCUAGAGAUGUGGACAGCCUGGCUCUGUGUAUGCAAGCCAUGCUGAAUGAUGACAUGUUUACCUUGGAUCCAUCAGUUCCACCCAUGCCUUUCAAUAUGCAGGUGUGUCCUCUUAGCAACCUGACUAAUGCUUGAGGUGGUGUUAGCAACAAAUCCCUGCUGACAGAUCCCUGUGGGAAGCCUACCCAGACUCACAGUAGUUAGGCAGAGUUACUCAUUUGCUGUUUUACUGUGUUGUAUAAUCUAAGUAAGAAGAGUAAAUCAAAGCCACACUCUAAAUAAAAGCAUAAAUCUCUCAUACACAUACUGUAUACUUGUUAGUAAAAUGCUAAUGGUGUUUUUGUUUGUCUUGUUCACAGAUAUACCGGAGUGCCAAACCACUGAGGAUUGGUUACCUUGAGAACGAUGGCUUUUGUCAGCCAUCUCCGAGCAUGGCUCGGGCCGUCAGAGAGGUCAAAGUUCUCUUAGAGAAAGCUGGCCACACUGUAAGCCCAUACCUCACACAAGCACAUGUAUAGACAUUAUAAUACCCUAACAACAUGUUAUCUGAGCUGUAUGUUUUAAUGCAGCUUAUUUUGCCUCUAAUCUGAUCCUGUAGCUGGUUCCCUUCAGUCUGCAGAAGGUCAGCCAGAGUUUCUAUGAACUGGUGGUGAGGGGUGUCGCGGCAGAUGGAGCGACAUCUGUAAUUGAAAAGCUGUGAGUUGAUGAUUUCUUUGAGAAAGCAGUUAUUCAGUUGAUGUGCAGUAUAGUGAAAGUAACAAAUUCUCACAAGCUGUAACUUUUUGGUCAACACUUAAAUCAGUCUUUUGGCAAUGCUGUUCUUUCACUGACUAUGUGACUCCUCUGACCUUUCCUCCUCUGCUAUGAUGACAUUUUUAUGUUUGUUGGAUCAAAUUCAGAAUCUUGUGUUUCAAACAAAGAACCUGCACAGGAAAUAUUUUAACACCUAUUAGAUAUAUUGCAAAACUUUUGGUAUGAAUAUUUACAGCAUGUUCCUCUUAAUUCUAACUUUUCCCUGCCAAGUGUUUCUGUCAAUGACUUUAUAUCAAAUCAAAUUUUAUUUAUAUUCAUUAUAACCCAACCUUAAGAUGGGACAGAUUUGACCCAUCUCAUCUAACAUGAGUGACAGUAGCAAGGAAAACUUCCUUGUAACAGGCAGAAACCUUGGGGAGGACCAGACUCAUGUUAAACAGGCACCUGCCGCUGAUGAGUUAGGGAGAAAUACACAGAGAGAUGGGAAGGGAGGGAGAGAGAGAGAGAGGGGUGGGAGGGAGGGCAGGGGGAGAGAGAAAGAAAACAAGGGAGUAGGAGGGCGAGAGAAUGAGUAAGGGAGAGGGAGGGAGAGAAGGAGAGCAAGGGUGAGAGAGGGAGAUUUGAGAGACCAAGUGUAAUCAGUAUUUAGUUUUCGUCAGUAAAUGUUACAGUGUUCAAAUAAAAACGGAGACAUGGACUAGGUUAAAAAAUCAGUAUGUUAGUAAAACCAACAUUGUAUGGUGUUUGUAUGUUGAUUUUUAUCAUGUAGUAUAGUGCAACUGAAGCUUUGUUAUUCCUGUCCUGCUUUUAGAAUUACAUUCUCUUUCAAUGAUGUGUUCUUCUCAUGUUAGUAAUUCCUCUUGUGUGUUGUAGGGAGGGAAGCCCUCUGGACCCCACUAUCAGAACACAGGUUUACCCUAUGUAUUUGCCUGUGUGGCUCAGGAAAGUCAUCGCAUUCCUCCUCAAGCCACUGGUGAGUUCACAACUUUAACUAAGCCUCCACAGGCAUGAAGAGAGAUUUUUAAAAAAGUAUCAUUACCCCUUUUAAUAUUGAUUGAGAAAAUUCCUCGAUAGUUACUUUUCCAAAAGAUCUGGGGCACUCUGAGGGUCAUUCAUCGUUCAAACACGCCAAUACACUUCAGUCAUCAUCAAUAUGACCUUAUGAGUCCCUUAGAUCAUCUGAAGACGCACCAGAGAGAAACAUUUUAAAAACUUUUUCAACUCCCUUUGCACUCCAUGCUCCUGUUUUUAUUUUGUGUGUGUGUUCAGAACUGAUGCCGUGUGAUUUCGUACCAAUCGUCACAUCUUCAAUUCUGCUUGUCUUUUGCAGUCUCCCCGAAGUUCUGCUAUGCUCAACGCUUUCUGUGGUGUUGGGUGAGACAGUUAUUUAAAGUUGACGGCUUGUGCUGUGCAUGUCAUUACCCCAACAUUUCACGCCAUUGACAAAGUGCAAAAACUAACUUCUUUCUUUUUUUUUUGCUUUGUUUCUAGAUCUGUUGCUGAUCUGUGGAAGCAGCAUGUAGCUGUUGAGGUACUGUAGAAACCAGUAGGCCAAAUAUUUGCUAUGAGGCAAGACUGAUCCAGAACACAGCUGAGAAAGUAAACUUGCCUGUGGCUCUGAUCAGUGAAUGAACAAAUGAAAAAAACAAGUGAGGGAAGUAAAGAGUUACUGUUUGUUAGCUUAUGGCAGUUAAAUGCUGUAAGCACAAAUAAACAUGCUCACAACUCUGCAGGACCCCUUCAGAAAGAGUCUGAUGAUUGUGAUGCAGCUCUGUGAUAAAGACUAAAUGUAAAUUACUGGCAGAAACAGCAAGCCGAUUCUGUCUCCUCCAGGCAUUGAAGUAAACUAACAGGUUUUGAAGAGUUGCUCUCACUAGUCUUGAGCUUAUAUUUCAAUGAAUAUGUUCAGUGGUCUGUUAAUGUUCUUGUGUCUUCCAUUAGGACUACGUUCAGGAAACAGUAGCAGAUUGGAGACGAUGCAACUUAGAUGCACUGCUUUACCCUGUGAUUGGGCCAGCCUACAACUUCUAUUACUGCUGCAAGAAUACUCGUACGUUGACCCAAACUGUUUUGCAUGAUACUUCUGACGUGGCACAUUGAAUUAUUAGAGAUGUAUGGCAUAGAAAACAGGGCUUGGUGAUGCCUUCAGGUUAUUGAUUAUGUAAAUACAUAAAUUUUGGAUGAGUGGGUUGGUAGGAUGGCUGUGCUCAGUCAGGGCAUGGGCUCCACUGAUGGGUGGGAUAACAAACUCACCAGCAAUCAUCUUAAGUGUGGGAGUAUUUAAGCGGGGAUCAAACAACAGCGUGCUCUUCAAGUUCUGCAAAUUAGAAAUGGCGUAUCACUGUAAUACUACCUUGAUACUUGAGCACUUUGAGCAGAGGCAUGAGGUGGGGAGCAUCUUGUGGCGUGUCUGUUAGAAAUGACGUCAGUGAGCUGGCUCUGGUUUGCCAGAAUGGUUCUAAGUAGAAACAUCUGGGAGCGAAAAGACCCAGGUCUUGCUAAGCCAAAUAUUCUGAAUGACAAGAAAUAAUCAAAAUAGACAUGGUUGUUUACAUUUUAUGGAGAGAUUUUGAAUCCUGCUGUAAGAGGAUACCAUUUUUGAAACAAUACUGUACAGUUAAUAUUUUAAACUAGGCUAUUUUGUGGGGAAUAAUGACCUGAGGUGUAUAAAUAUUGAUUUUUAAAAAAGAUAAUCGAAAGAAACAUAGAAAUUUGAAUGACAACCUUUAGUUUGAUUAUGUAUAGAUUUGUUGUUAUUUCAGUUGGGUACAAAAACAAUUGUUAGAUAACUCAUCAUGAGGUGCAGCAACCCUUCAUAAAAUACACUCUAUUCUGUACCCCAGAACCUGUACAUCAGUACUUCACCACAGUGUUAACAUCAUAAAACAAGAUGAGAUGAGAAGAAGAACUGUAUUUUUUCCAGAGGGGAAAUUUGAGUUGAUUCAUGAAUGAUUACUUUGCAUAACAGCACUGAAAUUACUACAGUCCAAAGAACAAAACAGGUAAAACCAGGUCUGUCUCUCAUCCUUUCAGAGAUUUGCAGUUACACAAUGCUCUUUAAUCUCCUCAACUUUCCGGCUGGGGUUGUUCCUGUCUCCACGGUGACAGCAGAGGAUGAGGAGGAACUGAAGUACUACAAGGGCAAUUAUCAAGACUUGUGGGACAAGAGUUUCAAGGAGGUAAGACAAAUGGUGCCAGUAAAAGAUGUUUUCAGAUGUGUAAUUUUGUACAACACAAAUGAAUCUUACAUGUUUAACAAGCCAGAGUUUGACAGUUAUUGAUUUUGGGGCCAUUUUUCUCUUCAGUGACACCUAUUUAUGCCACUGUGUUUGCCAUGUGUAUGUAGUGGAUACAAAAUGAAGAAGAGUUUAGAAUACUUCGCACAUUAUGGAACUUAACUCCACAAACGUUAAACAUUUUAUGACCACAAGGGUGCAGCACUGAGCAUUAAAAAGCUCCAAUGGUCACACCACCUUUACAAAUACAUUGCAUCUUGACAUCAAAACGUUGUGUUGUUUAAAUAAACUUCAAUAUAGUACAAACAGCUCAUCACCUCCAUGACUCUAAAGGGUGAACCUGUUACUAGGAGUGGCUCGUCAGAUGAUGUCAGGCUCAGACAUGACUAUAACGCUCUUCUGAAGAAUCUCGCUAAACAGUAGUUCCACAGUUAGUCAGCAGGUGGAGGCAGAAGACUACGGUGGUUCAUGUUGCCAACUGUUGACUGGAUGAAUCCUGUGUUUGUGUGCAGGCUGUGACUGGAGCUGAGGGUCUGCCUGUGGGGGUGCAGUGUGUCACCCUGCCGUGGCAGGACGAGCUCUGCCUGCGCUUCAUGAAGGAGGUAGAAGAGCUGGUCAAACAGAAAAGAAAGUAGGGCCUGCCGGAGGCCACAGGUGGGGAUGCAGACUUCAUGGGCUUCAAGUUAAAAUCUCCUCAUAUAAAAAUAACAAAACCCUGAAACAAGAGCUAAUGAAGGUGCUCUUCAGACAGAAAUUUCUGCACUUAACACAAAACACAGUUUUAAUCAUAUGAAACUAAAUAGAAUAUAGAUGGUGAAUUAAGUUAAAAUGAUGAAUAUAAGUUUAGAAAAGUAUAAAGAUUUUUCUAUUCUUAAAGGAUUAACUCAGGUUUGCUCACUGGUUUGAAUGAUCACAAUUAAGUCAUAAUAAUGAGUUUAUGUUAAAUAGUUUUAAGCUCAUUUACUGAUUAAUAAUUCCUUUUGUUUGUGUUUUUUCUAUGUCAUUUAAGGUCCUUUUGAAAUUUUAACAUUUCAAUGACUUUACAUACUUUAACAAUAUUUUCUGCUGUUAUGGACACAAAUGACUGGCAUUAAGUUGAUUUGACAUCAGGUAUAACAGAAACAGUGUUGGAUUUUCUUUUUCAUCACUGGCACUGGUUUUAUAUUUUAAACAACAUUGCACAUAAAAAUGUAAUCUGCUUGAUCUUUAGGCAGAGAGGCGCUGCAUUGUUAGGAAAAUCUUUGAAAAUUUGCAAUUUAAAAGUUUAUGGAAAUUAAUGUUGUUAAUCAUUUAUCAUGUCUGUCUUGAAAUGAACUGAUAAAGAAUAAAACAAGUUCAUUAAAUCACUCAAAGAUGAACUACUGGUUGUUACCACAAAA